AACACACACACAAACACAAAUACACACUCACUCUCCUCAUUUUCCAAUUCCUUUGUCGCACAAAAUGCGACUGGUGCUAUUGUGGCUGCUCUUCCUCUUCCUUCACAACAAUGUAUACUCAGCGCGCAUCUCAGAAUACCGCGCACUCUUCUCUUUCAAAGCAUCAUCAGUAACUGAUGACCCAACCCACGCUCUCUCUUCAUGGAACUCCUCCACCCCAUUCUGCUCAUGGUUCGGUGUCACGUGCGACUCACGCCGCCACGUCACCACCCUCUCCCUCCCCUCCCUCUCCCUGUCCGGUUCUCUCUCCGACGACCUCUCCCACCUCCCUUUCCUCUCCCAUCUCUCACUCGCCGACAACAAGUUCUCCGGCCCCAUCCCUCUUUCUCUCUCUUCUCUCUCAAAUCUACGGUUCCUCAACCUGUCCAACAACGUCUUCAACGGAACCUUCCCUUCUCAACUCUCUCUGCUUACCAACCUCCAAGUCCUUGACCUCUACAACAACAACAUGACCGGUCCUCUUCCCCUCUCCGUCACCAACAUGCCCCUUCUUCGCCAUUUGCAUCUCGGCGGAAACUUCUUCUCCGGCGAGAUCCCUCACGAGUACGGCACUUGGCUUCAUCUCGAGUACCUCGCUCUGUCCGGCAACGAGCUCGCCGGGAUCAUUCCGCCGGAGAUCGGAAGCCUUUCCUCACUCCGGGAGCUUUACAUUGGGUACUACAACACUUACGACGGCGGCAUCCCGCCGGAGAUCGGAAACCUGUCGGAACUCGUUAGGUUCGACGCCGCAUAUUGUGGAUUGUCCGGCGAGAUUCCGGCGGAGCUGGGGAAGCUUCAGAAGUUGGAUACCCUGUUUCUUCAGGUGAAUGCGCUUUCCGGUUCCCUCACUCCUGAGCUUGGGAACCUCAAGAGCCUCAAGUCGAUGGACUUGUCCAACAACAUGCUUUCCGGCGAGGUUCCGGCGAGCUUUGCGGAGCUGAAGAACAUGACGUUGUUGAACCUGUUCAGGAACAAGCUUCAUGGCGCGAUUCCUGAGUUCAUCGGGGAGCUUCCGGCGCUGGAAGUGUUGCAGCUUUGGGAGAACAACUUCACUGGGAGCAUUCCUCAGAGUUUGGGGAAGAACGGGCGGCUAACGCUCGUUGAUCUUUCUUCGAACAAGUUAACUGGGUCUCUGCCCCCUGACAUGUGUUCUGGGAACCGUCUUCAGACUCUGAUAACUCUUGGGAAUUACCUCUUUGGUCCCAUUCCUGAUUCGCUUGGAAAGUGCGAGUCUUUAAGUAGGAUUCGCAUGGGCGAGAACUUUCUGAAUGGUUCUAUUCCAAAGGGUCUUUUUGGGCUUCCGAAACUGACCCAAGUUGAGCUUCAGGAUAAUCUUCUCACGGGUCAGUUUCCUGAGGGUGGUUCCAUGUCUGCCAAUCUUGGUCAGAUUAGUCUUUCCAACAACAAGCUUUCUGGGCCGUUGCCACCCACCAUUGGGAACUUCACCAGCAUGCAAAAGCUUCUCCUUGAUGGCAACAAGUUCUCGGGUCGAAUCCCUCCCGAGAUUGGGAAGCUUCAACAGCUUUCCAAGAUUGAUUUUAGCCAUAACAAGUUCUCGGGUCCUAUUGCUCCUCAGAUCAGUCAGUGCAAGCUCUUGACUUUCGUUGAUCUCAGCCGUAAUGAGCUUUCGGGUGUGAUUCCAAACGAGAUCACUGGUAUGAGGAUAUUGAAUUACUUGAACCUUUCCAGAAACCAUUUAGUUGGUUCAAUUCCAGGGUCUAUAGCCUCUAUGCAGAGUUUAACUUCUGUUGAUUUUUCAUACAACAAUCUCUCUGGUUUGGUUCCCGGUACUGGCCAAUUCAGCUACUUUAACUACACCUCUUUCUUGGGCAACCCUGAAUUAUGUGGACCUUAUUUGGGUCCUUGCAAAGAUGGGGUUGCCAAUGGCCCUCGCCAGCCUCACGUUAAGGGUCCUCUUUCUUCUUCUUUGAAGCUCUUGCUGGUUAUUGGGUUGCUUGUGUGUUCCAUUGCGUUUGCUGUUGCAGCAAUAAUAAAGGCUCGGUCUUUGAAAAAGGCCAGUGAAGCUCGUGCUUGGAAAUUAACUGCUUUCCAGCGUUUGGACUUCACUGUUGAUGAUGUUUUGGAUUGCUUGAAGGAGGACAACAUAAUAGGGAAAGGCGGUGCAGGCAUUGUUUACAAAGGGGGAAUGCCCAAUGGGGAUCAAGUUGCAGUGAAAAGGUUACCAGCUAUGAGCAGAGGAUCUUCACAUGAUCAUGGUUUCAAUGCGGAGAUUCAGACUUUGGGGAGGAUUCGUCACAGACACAUUGUUAGACUACUGGGUUUCUGUUCAAACCAUGAGACAAAUCUAUUGGUCUAUGAGUACAUGCCUAAUGGAAGUUUAGGUGAAGUUCUUCAUGGUAAGAAAGGGGGUCAUUUGCAUUGGGACACCAGGUAUAAAAUUGCUGUGGAGGCUGCUAAGGGCCUUUGCUAUCUACACCAUGACUGUUCACCACUCAUUGUCCAUAGAGAUGUUAAGUCAAACAAUAUCCUCCUUGACUCCAAUUUUGAAGCCCAUGUUGCUGAUUUUGGGCUUGCUAAGUUCCUGCAAGAUUCUGGAACAUCUGAAUGCAUGUCUGCUAUUGCCGGUUCAUAUGGAUACAUAGCUCCAGAAUAUGCCUACACCCUCAAAGUUGAUGAGAAAAGUGAUGUAUACAGCUUUGGGGUGGUUCUUUUGGAGCUUGUAACUGGAAGGAAACCGGUUGGAGAAUUUGGUGAUGGGGUGGACAUUGUGCAAUGGGUGAGGAAAAUGACAGACUCAAACAAGGAGGGUGUUCUAAAAGUUCUUGAUCCUAGACUUCCCUCAGUUCCACUUCAUGAGGUGAUGCAUGUUUUCUAUGUAGCCAUGCUGUGUGUUGAAGAACAGGCAGUGGAGAGACCAACUAUGCGUGAAGUCGUUCAAAUUCUGACAGAGCUUCCGAAGCCACCAAGCUCAAAACAAGGAGACAUAACAAUCACUGAAUCAUCUUUGUCAUCAUCAAACAGUUUAGAGUCUCCAACCACAGCAUCUAAGGAACCUAAAGAUAAUCAACAUCCUCCUCCGUCGCCACCUCCCGAUCUUCUUAGCAUUUGAAGUGUUCAGUUGGUGGGGAUGGAAUGUAUUUCAUCUUUAUUUCCUUUGGGUUGUGAUAGCUGAUCUACUUGCUUUCUUCAGUUUUUUCUUCUGGGUGGGGUUUUCUCUUUACUUUU